AGUAUAUAUAAAAGCGACCCCUCAAGGAAGGAGUUGACGCUGCGGAAGAGUUGGUUGCUUUCUCGAACAAUAGGUACCUUCGUUAAGUACUUACCUCUAUCGAAAUGCUAGAAUUAUAAAAUUGUUCCGGCCCCCUGCUUUCCCAAUUUAUCGUGCGAUCUCUUUCUUGUGAGAUCUGAUUUUACAAGUUAUCGUUUGCGAUCGCAAUACUUGCCUAUCAUCUUUUUACAUUCGCUAGUCAAUGACGAAGAUUAUAAAGUAAAACCUUCUCCGGGCUCAACUUCGCGGCGCUCCCAUUCAAUCUUUGAGAUUUUAUUAUUCUUUCGCUAUGUCUUCUUCUAAUACCUCUAAGCCCUCCUCUUCUAUGCAUGAGGCGAACUUGGUAAUCCGUCAAGAUACCAGCAUACAUGUAGAUUUACAUGUCGCUAGUUCCAAUCUAAGUCCCAGUUCCAGUUCCAGUUCCAGCCCGGGAUCGUUAGAUAUCGCGACUCCGGCAUCUAGCCAGGAUGAAGUAAAUAGGAGCGAGGUCCAGCCGAAACAAAUUCCCGACUGGAGUAAUCAUAAAGUCAUCCAUCGAAAUACUCUCCCGCCCCGAAGUCACUUCUAUCUUUACGACAUGGAGAGCGAUGCCAUCAGUGCCAACGAGAAUCUCUCUAGGGCGGCUUCGCUCUCUGGCACCUGGGGGUUCGAAUUAUCACCUAGUCCGUUCAAAGGUUCAAGAGAUUUUUACAGAUCCAAUUUCGACCAUACGAAAUGGGACCUUAUUAAGGUGCCUGGCAUGUGGCAGCUCCAAGGAUUCGGCAAGGGACCUCAGUACACGAAUGUCAACUUCCCUUUCCCAGUCGAUCCUCCACAUGUCCCGUAUGACGACAACGAAUGCGGGCGGUACGUCAAGCGCUUCACUGUGCCGGAUAGACUUAAGGAUGGCGAUAACCAAUGGCGGCUUUGGUUCGAGGGUGUUGAUUCGGCAUUUACCGUCUGGUUGAACGGGAAGGAAGUUGGCUAUUCGCAGGGCUCGAGAAACCCGAGCGAAUUUGACGUAUCUCCGUUCCUUAAGCUCGAAAACGAAAACACUCUGUGCGUUGAGGUUUACCAGCGAUGCGACGGAAGUUAUAUCGAAGAUCAGGACCAAUGGUGGCUUAGCGGUAUCUUCAGGGACGUCUGGUUACAUUCGUUUCCUCCUGUUCAUCUCGAGGACUUCCAUGUUCAGACGUACCUCGACGACAACUACAGGGACGCAUUGCUCACGAUAGACGUUAGGCUGAAUGACCCCUAUAGUAAAGUCCAUGUCAAGCUUCUCGACGGCCAAGGCUAUAAUGUCAUUGCAGAUAUUCGUGCAGGACGAUCCCGGCGAAGAAAUCUUGUGUAUCAGAUUAAAAACCCCGAGAAAUGGACCGCGGAGACGCCGUAUCUGUACACAUUAGUACUAUCCGUCGGUGCCGCGUACGUUACUCAGAAAGUAGGGUUCCGUAUGACCGAACUUAUCGAUGGCGUUUUCUGCGUUAACGGCAAGCCGAUCAAGAUCCGUGGGGUGAAUCGCCACGAACAUAACUCAGUAUCGGGGAGAACAGUCCCGUAUGAAGAUCUAAAACAUGACCUCCUACAAAUGAAGACAUUUAAUAUCAAUGCCGUACGCACAUCUCAUUAUCCGAACGACCCUCGCAUGUACGACAUCGCGGAUGAAAUCGGGCUUUGGGUAUUGGACGAAGCGGACCUCGAAUGUCACGGCUUUGGCGAAGUCGGCGGUGAUCCGGCAAGUUUUACGUCGAACAACCCCGAGUGGGAAGAGGCCUAUGUAGACCGCGCGGUACAAAUGGUGGCGCGAGACAAAAACCACCCGAGUAUUAUCAUGUGGUCCCUUGGGAACGAGGCGUUCUACGGCAGCAAUCACCAGGCGAUGUACGACGCCAUCAAGAACAUUGAUGAGACGCGUCUUAUACAUUACGAGGGCGAUCAAGAAGCUCAGACUGCGGACGUAUUCAGUCGAAUGUAUACACCUGUCGACGAAAUGAUAAAACACGCAGAAGAGAAGGAUUGGAAGAAGCCAUUCGUUAUGUGCGAAUUCGCCCAUGCUAUGGGUAAUGGUCCAGGUGCCAUACAAGAAUACAUUGAAGCAUUUUACCAAUAUCCACGGUUAAUGGGAGGUUUCGUAUGGGAGUGGGCAAACCACGGUCUUCUCACACAGACCAAAGACGGCGAGAGGUAUUACGGCUACGGCGGAGACUUCCAACCCGACGAGCCUCACGAUGGCAAUUUCGUAAUGGACGGGCUUUGCGAUUCGCUACACAACGCCGGCCCAGGGCUCGACGAAUAUAGCAAAGCCAUCGAGCCGGUCCAAGUACUCUCCGUAAAAGACAACGAAGUCACAAUCAUAAACCGCUACGACUUCCUAACCCUAGAUCAUCUCCAGUGCUUCUGGGGCCUCGUCUCCGACCGCCAGGAAAUGUUCGGAGACGAAAUUGUCAUCCCGGCGGGAGUGAAACCGCAUACCAAGGCAACUUUGAUACUCGGCGGCCUGCCGAAGACUUUCUCCGCAGAAACGUGGCUCGACUUGGACUUCAUAACGCGCCCCGAGAGCAAAUGGAUACCUCCCGGACGAGUCGUAGCCCGAGGCCAGUUGCCACUAGCCCCGCCCCCAUCCCUCGCUCUCCUUAAAUCCCUCUCUACGCCCUCCCGCCCACGCGUCCAGCGCAAGGACGAGAUGCUCUACGUCACGCUCCGGUCCGGCAGCACAUUCGGCUUCAACACCAGCAGCGGGACCUUGUCCUCGCUAACACACACCUCGAACCCAGACCGCAACCUCAUCACCGUGCCCCUGACCCUCGACUUCUACCGCGCGCUGACGGACAACGACCGCGGCGGGCCCCACGGCAAGGAAUGGCUCGAGCGCAGGGUACACCAGACGCGGCACCACUUCUUGCAAGUGACCACCACCACCGAGACAGAAUCCAGCGGCUGUACCGUCGUCGUGGUAAAAGGCCGCGUAGCUCCCCCGGUCCUAGCCUGGGCCGUCGACACGACGAUCACCUACACGCUAACAUCCGAGCACUGCAGCAUCCGGGUUCAAGCCAAGCCCACGGGCCCCCUGUUACCAUCCACCUUCGCGCGCUUCGGCCUCUCCUUCGGGCUGCGCGACGUGCGCGUCGUGCAGUGGUUCGGCCGGGGCCCGGGGGAGUCGUACGCGGACAAGAAGCGCGCGCAGGAGAUGAACACGUGGGGGCGGCUCGCGGACGAGCUGUUCCGCCACUACGAGUUCCCGCAGGACAGCGGGAACCGGACCGACGUGCGGUGGGUCGAGCUGCGGACGCGCUGGGGCGACGAGGGCGAGUACCCGGAUCGCCUGCUGAGGGCGCGGUUCGGGGACCAUGGAGGGGCUAGUUUUAGCGUAAGCCCGUACAGCACGGGCGAUGUAGACCAGUGCAGGCACCCAUAUGAGCUUUUUAGAAGAAAAAGAGACGAUCAUAUGGUAAGGCUGGACUGGUAUCACCAUGGCCUGGGCACGGGGAGUUGCGGGCCUGCCACCCUACGAGAAUACCAGCUGAGGACGGAUCAGGAGUUCGAUGUCGAGGUAUUGCUAGAUUAAGCCGUAUCAUAAUAUAAUGACUAAGUAGUAUUCAUUCAUUGGCUGGCUGUAUUAGGUACCCAGGCUGGGACGACCAAGUUGUCGGUAUAUAACAGGUAAAAAGCUAAACCAGCGCGCGCAUUUUCUUGACCAUUAAUUCAAAUCAUUUCUUCCCAUUA